AUGGCUGUUGGCUCUGCCAACUUGGAGUGGAAAUCCCUGGGGUUUGGCGUGCAGCCCACAAACGGGUACAGUUGCUGUGUUUGGAAAGAUGGCACGUGGGGUGAACUGAGCCUGGUCAAGGAGCCAUUCUUGCGGCUGCAUGUCAACUCCGUCGCCUUACACUAUGGCCAGACGGUGUGGGAGGGCAUGAAGGCCUUCCAUUGCAAGGAUGGAUCCGUGCGGGUAUUCAACGAUGUAGCGAAUCAUGGGCGCUUGUCUCGCGGUGCCAAGAGGAUGCUGAUUCCAGAACUGUCGCUGGAAAAGUUUCGGGAAGCUGUGGAUUUUUGCGUCCGCAGCAAUGUUCCGUUCCUGCCUCCGUAUGGCACAGGGGGCGCCCUCUACUUGCGCCCCAUUCUUUUGGGCACAGGGCCGGCGCUGGGCUUGGCUCCGGCCAAGGAGUAUGCAUUUCUCGUGAUCUGCAGCCCGGUGAUGAACUACUUUGCAUCCGCCGGCCCUGAGAUCCUCGAGAAAGGCGUGGCUGGCAAGGUGGUUUUGGACUACGACCGGUCGGCUGCACGGGGAAUGGGCAGCAUCAAGUGCUCUGGGAAUUACGGGGCUGACCUGUGGCCUUCAGCCGAGCACAAGGCUGAAGGCUUCAUGGUCGGUCUUUACCUGGAUCCGACCGAGCAGCGAUACAUCGAGGAAUUCAAUGUCACAAACUUUGCGACCAUAACGAAGGAUGGCAAAUACAUCACGCCCGAGUCUCCCUCGAUUCUGGCUUCGGUCACCAACAGAUGUCUGCAGCAGCUGGCCAGAGACAUGGGCCUGCAAGUCGAGCAGCGGCGCAUGGACUUCCUCCAGGAGGUCAACACCUUCAGCGAGGUGGCGGCCGUGGGCACUGCCGCAGUCGUUCUGCCGAUAAGGUCAGAAGUUCAUUCACAGGAGGAAAAGCAUUUGGCGGAUCGGCUACUGUACAGGUCGCUGACCAUGCAGGAGAAGACCUUCCACUUCGAGAAGCAUGAGGUCAUACGACAGUUACACAUCGCACAAAUGCGGGAAGCCUAG